UAGACGCAUACGGACGCAGGAUAUACAUUAAAAGGCUGGUGAAAUUAGAGUUUGUUUUUUUCUAGCAGACUUUUUUGAAUAACAGUAGAUAAUUGCAUAUUUUUUUUUUUUUUUUAACAUGCACACAUGUGAAAAAUCCUACGCAUUUAUAGAUGGUCCCUUGGUAGAAGCCGCGCUGCAGCGCUUGAGAUAACAGCGUUCAGUGGAGUGGGUCUGCUGCAUGAUGUCAUCGACCUCAGGGAAGAUGGCUGCGGUGUGUGGUGGAGAUGGGUGCUUGGGAUUAAUUGGGCAGAUUUCUGAUGCACAAGGAAAAAAACUGACCGAUCUGCCGGCAGAGUUACUCGAGUUCAUCCUGUGCUUCCCUGUUCUCAGUUACUUUGACAUAGCCAGCGUCUCUUGCAGCUGUAAGCGUCUACAUGACGUCUGUCACGGCAGGGGAAAGGUCUGGGAACACCAGUAUAAACUCAGAUGGCCCAGGUUGCUGAAAUACUACCGGCAGCUGGAGUGCUGUGAUUGGCUGAAGGAGUUCCGAACACGCCAAUCCGUGGGAUUGCAGAUCCGAAAAACCAUCGAGUCAUUUUCCAAGCGCUUCUUUGUGGAAGUUCCUUGCGUUGGCCAGGUUCUGGGGGACAGCUUCAAGGAGCUUGAGUCCCUGGGAGCCCCUGAGCACUUCUGUGAGGACGAGCUGAUCUCCAUCCUGAACUCCGACAAGAGGAAGGGUUUGACGCUCAAGUACUAUGCAAAGAAAAUUCUUUACUUCCUCCGACAACAAAACGUCCUGAAGAGCCUGAAGGGUUUCCUCGGGAGAUCCCCAGACCAGCAGUGCCCCCUGGAGGGGGCUGUCCUGAUAGACCAGUACUGUAACCCGCUGGCAGAAAUCUCCCUAGAGAGCAUCUCAGCCCAGCUGGAGGAGAUUACUGCCAAGAUCAAGAAGACCCUGCAGGUGAAAAACCCAACACAUCCCAGCUUGAGAGAGGCAGAUGAGGAUGUCCUGAUGGAGGACCUGGUCCUGCAGAGGCAGAUUGUGUGUGCUCUGAACAGUGUCCUGUAUGAGCAGCUGCAGUACAAAGGAAACGAGAGCGACUACUACAACCCUCUCAACUCCUACCUGCACCAGGUGCUGACCCGGCGCACAGGUAUUCCCAUCAGCCUGUCUGUACUCUACCUGACGCUGGCAAAGAAGCUGGGGGUGAAACUGGAGCCAGUGAACUUCCCCAACCACUUCCUGCUGCGCUGGUGCCAACGAAGCGAGCGGAGUUCGGAUAUCUAUGAUUACGUUUACAUUGACGCCUUCGGGAAAGGCAAGCAGCUGACGGCGAAGGAAUGCGAGUACCUGAUUGGCCACCAGGUGACGUCAGACUAUUACAGCGCGGUCAGCACCGAGGAGAUGCUGCUGAGGAUGGUGGGAAACCUCCUCAAUAUCGGCAAGCGAGGAGAAGGCAGUGAGAAGUCCUACCAGCUGCUGAGGGACUCGCUGGAUCUCUACCUCACCAUCAACCCUGAUAACGUCCAGUACCUGCUGCUGCAGGCCAGGCUGUACUUCCACCUGGGGAUCUGGCCUGAGAAGGUCCUGGACAUUCUCCAGCACAUCCAGGCCCUGGACCCAUCUCAGCACGGCGCUGUGGGCUACCUGGUGCAGCACACCCUGGAGCACAUCCAGCACAAGAACCACCCGGCCGAGCCUGUUGUCAAGAGGAGAAGUGACCAGGAGAACCGGGAGGUGCAGUACUCCACGGGGCUCAUCAUGAGACACAAACGGUCUGGUUAUAACUGUGUGGUGUACGGCUGGGAUGCCAGGUGCACCAUGGGUCUGGAGUGGAUUACCACCAUGAGGGUUCACCAGCUGCCAAACGGGCCCGACCAGCCCUUCUACAGUGUGCUGGUCCAGGAUGGCACCUCCCGAUACGCUGCACAAGACAACCUAGAGCUUCACCCCUCGCCGCUGGAAAUCUCCCAUCCCGAGGUGGGACGCUACUUUUCAGAAUUCAGAGACUCCCACUACAUGGCUAACGAGCAACUGCAGACCUGCUACCCCGAGGACUUGGCUUGCACGGCUAGGAUAACGCAGGAACUCUACAGCACCCUGUCCAAUGGCUCUGAUCAGGAGGGACCAGCAGAGCCACAGGAGCACCCUGUAGAGAAGAGUUAGAGCCACUAACUCAGGUUGCUUUGCUAGCCAAGACUGAGAUGCAACAUGCCAGCAACUCAGUGCCAAGAAUCAUUUUUAUUGUAGUCACAUGAUCACCACCUCCCCCCCCUUACCCUGUUAAUGGAAUGAAAUCGAUAAAGUUACCUCAGCAAGACACUGUCCUUCUGUAGCUGCACUUCUGAAAAGACACUUUCUAAAUGUUCUUUCUCCUUUGAUGUUGGGGUGAUUGGUUUCUCUUAAUCUGCAAUUAAAACCUGCAGUAAAUACAAAAGGGACUCUUGAGUACUAUUUGCAUGUUUCUCAAAGAAUGCAGAGGUCAGCUAUUCAGCAGGUAAUGUAUUAUUGCUGUUAUGAACUAAAAAGCUUUAUAAAAAUAAGUUUGUUAAUAUUUUAUAAGUAAAGACUGGCUGUUGAUAACAUAACCCCAGCACUGGCUGAAUAAAAACAAUUGUUUAU